GACCUCAGAACCAAGGAUACGGACCAGAACCUCAAAACCAAGGAUACGGACCAGGACCUCAGAACCAGGGACACGGACCAGGACCCGCAUACAAUCUCGCUCAGCAGACGGAAGCAUACGGCGACAAAUACAACCUCCGCCGCCGCGGUGACCCACGUGACCAGCGCCGCGGUGACCCACGUGACCAACGCCGCGGUGACCCACGUGACCAACGCCGAGGUGACCCACGUGACCUCCGCCGCGGUGACCCACGUGACCUCCGCCGCGACCCACGUGACCAGGGCUACUACGGACGAGGAGGAGGAGGAGCAGACGCGGCCGCUCCGCGGCGUAACUUCGACGACCCGCGCGGCGAGGAGGAGUUCAGGCGGAGGCGGCAGGAGCAGUUCGGACUGGUCAAGGUGCCCGGCAGCCCGCGCGACCGCGACGAGCGACGCCGCGACAGCAGGAGGAGGGUGGCGCCGGAGGAGGCGCGCGUGGAGGACGCCGGCGAGGCGGAGGGUAACGCGACGGCGGUGAACGGCACGGCGGCGGAGGAUGCGACGCUCGAGGACGAGGGAGAUAACGAGUACGACGACUACUCCAGCGACUACGACUACCCGGACUACGAAUACUCCGACUCGGACUACCGGCGGCAAGACCGUCGCUCCGCGUUCGAUCCUCGCGACGACCGCUACGGACGCGACCAGAACGGACCGCGUGACCAGCAGUACGGCGGACCACGUGACCAGCAGUACGGCGGACCACGUGACCAGCAGUACGGCGCACCACGUGACCAGCAGUACGGCGGACCACGUGACCAGCAGUACGGUGGACCACGUGACCAGCAGUACGGUGGACCACGUGACCAGCAGUACGGCGGGCAAGGUCAACAAUAUGGCGGCCAAGGUCAGCAAUAUGGCGGCCAAGGUCAGCAAUAUGGCGGCCAGGAUCAACAAUAUGGCGGCCAAGGUCAACAAUAUGGCGGACAGGGUCAGCAAUAUGGCGGCCAGGGUCAGCAAUAUGGCGGCCAAGGUCAGCUAGGCGAGGGCGUGAGAUUCGCGGGCGCGAACGCGCCCAACCCUUACAGAAUCAACGAGCAGCAGCAGCAGCAGCAGCAGCAGCAGCAGCAGGGCCGCAGCGACUACUACGCAGCCGCGAACAGACGAGCGACGGUGCAGAACAACCUCUACGGCUCGCAGUCGGCCGCCGCCAAGACGCCGACGAAGUCGAAAAUCCGACGCAUUCCGAACCUCUACAAUCUCUACUCGAACCACGAGGCGCGCUCGUAG